AUGUUGCCAAGUAGCGAGGGCCGAACCCCGAUGAUGCGAGUCAUUUCGCAGUCCGUUGUCCCACGCGACAUUACGGACGAGUUUACCAACGCUGCCUCGAGAUUGCGAACCGGGCAGUUGGUUAAAGAUGAGUACUUUACUUUGUUCGAGGCAGUGGGCGCACUGGAGAUUAUGGACUCGAAAAUGGACAGCGGCUAUCUUGGACCGGGACAAACCGACGUGCAAGCAUUAGAGGACGACUACGAUACCACGCGCGAGCUGGCUCCGGAGCAGGUGAUAGGGAUAAUGGAUGAACUAUUAUGUCAUGAGGUAGGUGGUACCUUCCCAGAGAGCGACGAGUAUCCGCUUAUGUGGAGAUAUACUGAGACAAACCGCGCAAUGGCAGAUGGCAUGGCAUAUGGGACAUCCACUCUCGCAAACACUUUUCACCUCUCUAUACCUUGA